AUGGUUAAAAAGUACAGCGAAUGGUUGUCAAGGGACUACGAUAAAUUGAGAAAGAAGUUGAAGGAGGAGAAGAGGGAAGAACUGAUUCCCCCUUCGUGUAGUAGUUAUGAAAGAUAUUUAUAUAACUGUGUAAAGAAUAACGAUUAUAAAGACCUAAUAAUAGCGGAUGUUAUAUAUGAAAAUAAGAAAAAAGUAUUAUGUAUAGGUGAGGGUAAUUUAUCUUUUAGUACAUUACUACAAAGGAAUUUACAACAAUGCAAAGUGGUGGCUACAUCAAUGGAAGACCCUAUAAAAUUAGAAACAAAUUAUGGAAAAAAUUUUAAAAAAAAUUUAAAAAUAUUAGAAUCCUUUGGAGGUAUAUACUUACCAAAUAUAAAUGUAGAAACAGUGGAUAAGCAUUUUUUGAAAAAUACGUUUGACAUAAUUGUUUUUAAUUUCCCAUUUGUAUUAGUAACUGAUGAGUUUAUACAAACGAAAUGGGGAUACAAAAUGGGUAAAGAUAUUAAUAAAGAUAUUAAUAAAGAUAUGUAUAAAGAUAUUAAUAAAGAUAUUAAUAAAGAUAUGUAUAAAGAUAUGCAUAAAGAUAUGCAUAGCAAAAUGGAUAGUAACAAUUAUAUUAAAUAUUAUAAAAAGGCUGAGUAUUAUUUGUUGGACAAGAUGUUUUAUUACUUAUUUAAAAAUUCGUCAAUUUUGUUAAAAGAUAAAGGGUUUUUACAUUUGAGAGUGAACGACAAGUAUUUAACAUGCCGUUUCUUAAACGAACACUCCCUAUCAUUUAUACAAAGAGUUAAUUUUUACAACUCAUACAAUAUUUAUAAGUCUUUAAAAUAUAUUCCAUCUAUGUACAAUUCGAGUUUUUCCAAUGAUAAUAAUAACACAAAAAAAAAAAAAAAUAUUGUUUUUACAUCCAAUGGCAAGAUUUUCAAAAGUUUUAGUAUGAAACAUACGUCAACGUUGGUUUUUCAAAAAAAUUGA